AUGGUGGAUCACGCUGGUGGUGCUGCUCGCAUUCGAGCAUCCGCAUCCUCCGCGCACGCGGCCUUCAGACGACAUUUAUUGCAGUUGGCCCGCGGCGGCCCUAGACCCGGCUGUGGGCUGGCGCAGGAGAUCGUCGCCGUGGUCCCAAGUCUAGAAAGACGCCACGCAAACCCUUGGCCCAGCACCACCACGCUGCCUCCGCUCCUACUGCCAAACACGCGAACCGCUUGGCGCACGAGUCCAAUCGUCGCCGCCGACCGCACUCCCACCUGUCGCCUGACCUCUGUCCUCACCGAGUCGCAGACGCCGAAUGGGAAUGACCUCCCGCAGGGUUCGUCCAGGUCAGCAGCCGCAGGAGUCAGAAGGAUUCCUGCUGCACCACCAACGCCCUGCUCUGUACCUGCGAGUGAGCGCCCGACGACACCGGUUUGCACGUAUCGGACUGCGAAAGACCAGCGGUACAACCUGACAGUGAGCAAAGCUGAAAACUGA